AUGAUUAUAUUACCACAUAUUAAUAAAGGGGAUUUUGUUUGGCUAGAUCCAACGGCUUUGGGAAGGAAUGACUCUCGACAAUUUAUUUUAAAAUCUUCGGAGUUUCCAGCAAUUGCUGCUAGAGUACUUUCUGUUUGGACUGACCAACAAGGAGGAGAACAUAUUAUUUUACUUGAUGAUCAAAGCAAUAAAUUAGAAUUGGGGGCUACAGAAUUCCAAAGAUGGGCUAUUCGUCCAAUGCAUCCAACAUCUAUACAAGGGGUUUCUGAUUUAAUUCAAAUGGUUGAAUUACACGAAGCUGCUCUUCUCAGAAAUUUUCAAAUUCGUCACAGACAAAAUAUUUAUCAUACAUUUAUUGGAAAUCGUAUUUUGGUUUCAUUAAACAAUAAUUUAUCAGAGGAUAUUCAUUUAUAUACAGAAGAUGAAAAUCAAAGGAAAGAAUUAAUUCGUUCAUAUCGUCAAAGACCUCCACACGAAUUAUUACCCCAUAUUUAUGCAUUUGGAGCUGAAAUUUUACGUUUUGUUAAAAAAGGGAAAAAUAAUUGUUGUGUGGUUUUUAGUGGAGAAACUGCUUCAGGAAAAUCAGAAUUAUUUAAACAACUUUUAAAUUUCCUUAGUGCUGAUUUUGCUAAUCAAAAUUUUGAAUUAAAAUUAAAUUCUGCUCAAAUAAUUAUUGAAGCCUUUACAAAUGCAAAAACUUCUCGUAAUAUAAAUGCUUCUAGACAUGGAAAAUAUUUUGAAUUAAAUUAUAAAUUAAAUAAUGAAUUAUCUAAAAUUGUACUUUCAUCAGCAAAAAUUGAAUUAUUUUUUCUUGAGAAAUAUAGAGUUGUGGAAGCUUUUGUUGAACAAUCAAGAGAAUCAAAUUUCCAUAUUUUUUAUUGCCUUCUUGCCGGAUUAAGUCCUCAACAAAAACUUGAUUUUGAAUUGACAAAUGGAAGGAUAUCUAGUUACAGACUGUUAGCACAAUAUCGUCGAAAUUCUCGUGAAAAUUUUAUUAAUGGAGAAACAACUUCUUGGAUGUUUGGAGGGGAAAGAACACGUCCAACAUUUGAAUUAUUAUCUAAAGUUGUUGGAGCAUUUAAAAUUUUGAAUUUUAAUGAAAAAGAAAUUGAAAGUAUUUGGAGACUUUUGGCAGCAAUUUUGCAUUUGGGGAAUUUACGUUAUAAUGUUAAAAAUUAUGAUGGAAAAGAAAAUUUAGAAUUAAAUGAUCGGUUAAAUAUUCAAAGAAUAUGUAAACUUUUAAAAAUAGAAAAGAAUUUAUUAAUUUCUUCAUUAACAAUUAAAAGUUUGUGUGAUUUAAAAUCAGAAAAAGAAUUAAAUUUUCGUAAAUUAACUAUUGAUGAGGUAAUUUAA